AUGCAAAAGUCCUGUAGUGAAAAAGAAGGAAAGCCCAAGUGCAGUGAGCCAAAGAUGGAGGAGGAACAUCCCUAUGGAGCAUUUGAAGGCCAGCGAAUGGAAGGGAAUUUCAGACAGCGGCUGCUUCAGUCUCUUGAAGAAUUUAAAGAAGAUAUAGACUAUAGGCAUUUUAAAGGUGAAGAAAUGACAGGAGAGGAAGACGAGAUGGAAAGAUGUAUGGAAGAAAUAAGAAGUCUGAGAAAAAAAUUUAGGGCUCUGCAUUCUAACCAUACCCAUUCUCGGGAACGCCCCUUUUAA